AUGACCCGCGAACUGCUUGAGGCUGAUCAUACCUUCUGGAGCUCGUGGUUCCUCAGCCGGCUGAUGUAUCACACCAUCCCCUGUCUUCUGAACCACCCUCUUCUCUUGACUCUCCAGAUCCACGGGAAACACAACGUAACGGAAGCUUUUCUGCACCAGGCUGCCUUCUCUAUCACCAAUCAUGUUUCUUGGUUCAUGCACUUUCUACAGAUCAUGAGGUCGAGGGACUUUGUCUCCAAUGAUUUGGUCAUGGUUUACUGUACAACAGUCAUUGCGACGAUCGAACUUCAGAGAUCAUUGUCGAGAGAGGUGGGAAAGGAGUCUCACGCCAAGAAGAGCCAGGAGAACUUCGAUGAAUGUCUCAAAUUCAUUACGAAUAUGGAGGCGAGAUGGGCUCUCAGAUUCUGCUCAGCCUGUCUGCGGAAAUGCCUUCUUGGAUUCGUUCGAAUUACUCUGAGGAGGAGGAAACCAUCGGGAUCAACCUUGCAAGGAUAUUAA